AAGGAAGGGAAGUUGACAUUUGCAGUGUCAUUAUGUUGAUUGUUUAUUGUAGUGGGGCCUACAGUAGUAGUAUAAAUCACUUUAUCAGUUUUUGUCACCAUGUAAGGGAAGAAAUGCUCAUGCCUGUGGUAUUUUGACAUUUAAGCUGCCCAAGCUGUUCCUCGGCAUCCAGUAACACCAGUAACAGGCGGGGGACCUCCUUUGUGUUUGUGUGUCUGUUGUGUUUCCUUCCUCUUUGCUUUGUGUGGGUAAAAUGGACACCUUCUUUUUAUUCUGCCGGUAACAGAUUUCAUUAUCUGUGUCUUCACAGGUUUAUCAGAUGAAUUCCUGCAAAACCAAAUCCAAGUUAAAAAAAACGUGUUUUAUGUGCUGAAAUCAAUUUCAGUUGAAAUUUAGUUUUAACAAAGUUGAUAUAGCCAAAAUGUAUUUUAUGUCAAUUACAGCCUGUUUGUAUUCAUCCUUCUUCUUAAAACAAAAUGCCACUAUUACCAAUUAUAACCAGAUCUUUUAACCGUAACUUUUAACUCUUUACCAUUUAUCCAUUUAUUUAAAUGCUACUGUUGCCUUUUUAUUCUCUAUUAAUUUCACCCAUUUAACCAUUUGCCUGCUGCACUUUUCACACAUUACUUUUAGGCCCUUGUUGCUACCUUAUAGUGUCACCAUUUAACCAUUACUUUUAGAAGCAAGUACUCAUAGCCUUUAUUCUUAAGAGCUUUAAAAAGCUAUUAGACUCCAUUAGACUUGUUCAAAUAAAUGGAGCUUUUAACACCCUAAGGUUAAUUAAGGAGUUCCACAGGGUUUUGUACCAGGCCCAGUUGUAUUUACAUUAUACAUGUUUUAGGCAGUGUUGUACAUCUUCACUGAUAUGCAAUGAUACCCAGCUGCAGAUAUCUAUAAAGCCCAGUGAGACACCAAUUCGACUGCAAGAAUGUGUUAAAGACAAAAAGGCCUGAAUGACUAAAACUUAUAAAUUCAGAUACUUUAAGAGGUUUGUUUUGUUUUUUUAAUCACGAUUUCAGAGUUGGUGUGUUCGAUUUGCUUUUAACUUCAAAAUUCAAUGGAUGUAAUUUACAUUUGUAUAUUUCUUGCUCUCAGCUACUUUAACCUUUCACCCACAGCAUUUAAGCUUUUACUAUUUGCUACUUAUUAGGCUACUUUGCUGACAUCUAAUAUUAGCUUUUGAAGUGCGUAUGUUUGUCUGUUUUACCUGCUUUAAUAUUUUACCAAAUGCGUUUCAUCUUUUCUCCAUUGAUCUAUUACUAGUAUCCAGAAUUUAUCCUUUACUUUAUUCAACUUCUUAUUUUGUUUUGUUAUUUGUUUUUACUUUUAGAUGCUAUCUCAUGUGUUGCAUAUACUUUGUUUAUUGAAACACUAUUUGAUUCAAUAGAUAUAAGCUUACACAUUUUACUGCUAUGUUUAACUUUUGCCAUUUCUUUACAUACGUAGUUAAUUAGUUGCUUAUUUAUUACUUCCAGGAACAUAUUGUCCAUGACACUUUUACCACAUUCAAUAUUAAUAGCUAACAAAUUAAAUGAGCUUAACAUUUACACAUACCAUGUAGCUGCUUAAUAUGUAUUUGUUACUUUUUUCAAACUUUCAUCUGCAUAUCCACAAAUUGUAGCUUUCAGCUUUAAAUUUGUUGUUAAACAGUAUGUUUCAUUUUUUUUUCAAUUACUUUUAACUAUUUCAAAUGUUAAUUUCCACUUACGUUUUUCGCAACUACUUUAAUAUGUAGUAGAGUGUAACCAGUUAUCGGUAUACCAGUUAAUUAGUAUAAAAAAACGUUUUAUAUUUUGUUUUGUUUUAAAUUAAAUUAAUAUUUUUCAAAUCCUGAAAGGCUGCUGAAGGGUUUGCCCCUGUGCUAAAUUAUGAAGAAAAAGAAAAGAUGAAGUCUAGCUGCAAUAAUGUCAAAUAAAAUAAUAAAGUAAUUUGCAUAGGUUCAUGUUCUGCAUUACCUAAUAACAGCUGCUAUAAAUACUCACUGGUGGCAAUAUACCUGAUAAUGAACACAGAGUGGAAAUAUGAAGUGUGAUGAAAAGGGGCAGGUCAUGCAUAGGAAAUCAUUAUGUAACAGAUUUCCAGUAAACUCUUACACAAGGAUUAGCAUUGCUUAUAACUGGGUAGACCAGAAAUGGGGCAGUGUGGUAAUCCUCCUGAACGACAGGGAACCAACAAAGGCCUUAGCAGGAGUAACCUACAUCUGGGUUUCUAAAGGUGUUUCCAUGUUGACACUGAGAUUAAUGGGAAAUGCACCAUUUCACACAAUGCACUGCAUUAUACAGAACUGUGCAAAAGUAGUGAGUUAACCCAAUUCUUCUAAAGAGCCAGAGUUUCUUGUAUUUUAAAAAACAAACAAACAAACAAACAAAGUGAUCUUGAGCAAUAGAUUACUUAAAUUCUCCAGUCUUUCUAAAUGACCAUGUCUGUGUUUUUGCUUCAAUAUUGGCUGGUUUUUCAUUUAUUUUUAGAUGAGGUGGGAAUCACCAGACACCCACAUUAUUAUUAUUAUUAUUAUUAUUAUUAUUAGCACAAUAUUUCACUCACAAUAUGAAAUUAAUGUGACUUUUAACAUUUUCCAAUAUGCUGACCAAGUUUCCUGUUAUACAGUAAUGUAACCAGAAUGCAACCAACAGCCAGCCAGUUGAGUUCCCUCACGUUGUGCUCACUGACAAAGAUGGCAACAUGUUAGAAAACUGUCUGCAUUUAGAAAAUAGACCAUAUUUAUUUGCAAACCUUCAACAAUCUCCCUGAAAGUGAUUUUAGUCAAUCCAAGGCAGACAGCGACUUCUUUUGGAAAGUUCACCUCUUAUCAGGUAACCCGUUGAAUGGCUUUGGACAACUAUUUAGUCGCCACAAUCUGUCACAGAAUGUGAAGAAAUUCAACACAGUCACCACGCAGCCACUUAUUCUAGAUGCAAUGAAGUUGCUGUCCUAUUUUUGCUGGGGUGUCUAAGCCAUUAGCUUCGAAUAAGUUUCCUUAGCUAAUGUUAUCUCGGAAGGAGUAGUAUUCCCAGAGUAUUUUAAUUUAUUUAAUAAAAUAUCAAUAUUUGGUGUCCUUGUAUUGACACAAUUUUGCCAAACAAAAUAUUGAAAUUUUAAGUUGUGUUGAUGUUUUUCACCCAAUUUUUUUUAUUUUCAAAUUUUAGUCCAGUCCUUGAACGUGCCCACACUUAUCAAUUGGCCAGUUUUAAAUCAGAGCCUUCUACACUUUGUUAUUGCCAGCCUAUCACAAAGGCAUACAAUCUGAUUUCUUUAGUGAAUAUACAAAAAUGCCAAAGAUAACAGUUUGGCAGGCAUAAAGUGGUAUUUUCUGCCAACAAAGUGAUUUGUAAAGAGCUAUAAGGUGAAAACUUCUGUCCCUAAAAAAAUUGAGGAAACUGGAUAAGUGCUGAAAAAGAAGUUGCACUGCUAAAAAAUGGAAUAAUGAACACAGAAAGGUGCCAUCAGAUUGUGGUACCAACAAUACAUCGCAAGCAUCAGAUUGGCAACAGCUUAAUUUUUAAGCAUGACCGAAAUCCCAAACACACUGCUGAUGCAGUAAAAGCAGUUUAGAAGGAGUUUCAGUAAACCCAUUUUCCUAGCAGAAUACAAAGAAUGAGGGGGGACUCAAGUAUCCUCAGGUUUACUGCUAUUGUAAGAGCUUUGUGUCUUUUGUGUUUUAAAAUUGACUUCGGCAGGAAUGACCCAGAAAAGUCAUGAUAUUCAAUACUUUAGCACACAUUUGGGUGGCACACAAGUAACGUGAUCUGACACUUUUUUGUUUUGGAUCCUUUUGUACGAUUUGUAAAAAACACAGGAAAAAAAAACAUCUUAUUACAUCAAAUAAGUAACAUUAUAUCCUAUAUCUGUCUCCUAAAUGCCAUAAAAGGAAGGGGAAGGGGGAAGUUGAUGGCAUGUUAAAGGCAAGGGUGUUUCCAACAGCACCAGUCCAGUGUGGCUCGUUGUGAACAUUUGCACGUUGGUCGUCCACAAACCACAUAAACACCAUGACAUCUCUCCUGCUUGGAGCAGCGCUGCUGGGCAACUUGGGCAUCUCUGUCACAGCACAAGUGAUACUGCCUCGACCCAGCCAGGUGAGGUUUGACUCAGUGGACUAUAAAAACAUCCUGAACUGGACUCCACCCACCACGAACUCUUCUCUGCAGUACAACGUCCAGUGGAAGAUUUAUGGCGAGCCCGAGUGGAUCGAUGUGCCAGGCUGUCAAAAGAUCCGGAAGCACCACUGUGACCUCAGCGACAUGACCUCUGAGCCCAGAGAGUGGUACUACGCCAGAGUUGGUGCUGUGUCUGUGGCCACCAGCAGCAAAUCAGCCUGGGCCCUCUCCCCCAGAUUCAGCCCGCGUUGGGACACCAAAAUCAGCCCCCCUGUGCUGAGACUGAAUGUAACCGAACAACCAGCCAUUGUGGUCCGAGUGAAGCCCCCCCGAGACCUGGUCCGGAAGCUGCACAGCAAUUUGUACUACAAGAUCUACUUAACACACCCCAGUGGAGAAGAAGAGGUGUUUGACAUGAAGUGCUGUUCUCACAAGCUGACUCUGAAGGACCUGAAUCACAGAGAAGAAUACUGCCUCCAAGCUCAGAUCGUCCUCCCUCUGCAGGGCAAGCACAGCGCCCGCAGCUCUCUGAAAUGCGUCACUACCCUCUGACAACACAGACACAGCAUCGGCCAUCCCUUCAGCUUUAAAUAUCCAUCGCUACCUCGACGGCCACAGCCACACACAUCCGUGCAAGUAAAAGUGAUGCACUUUAUUGUACAAAGCAUUAAAGGCCUCAUAUGAAGGCAAACUUUCACGUUCACCGGAAGAGGAUUGCUUUUGUUUUUUUAAACUUAAAGAGUAUUUUUUUAAAUUUUUUCUAUUCAUGGCAAAAUAUUCUGAACUCACAGGCAGCUUUUCCUCUCCAUAAAUCAUAAAAAUAUUAUUGCAAUCUGGUGUGCUCGUUCACACAUGGUCAAGAUAUAUUUUCAACUUAUGUCUGUUUCCUCAUACCUCUCGCACGCAGUCCAGCAGUGAGGAUCAGCGAAUGCUGCUUUAACGUCUUUAAGAGAGCUUUUUGUAAAGAAAAAAAACUCUGCUAAAAGAAAACUGUAUGAGAAUGUACUGUGCCAAAUGUAUCACACUACAAAUAAAAUCCACUGUUGAAAUUGACCUCCGUCCUGUAAGUUGGACCCUUUUUGUACAAACAGUAAAGCUGGUGGUGUUUUCGCAGUUUUCUCAUCGUCUUCUCCUCUUUGUAUUUUAUUGCCUACAAAGGUAUAGUGUUACGCCUAUUUGUGCAGCCAUGAAUAUAUAGGUUUUUUUUAAUUAAAGCUCAGUAAUAUGCAGAAACAGCAACUUUGAUUCUAGUGGGUUUUUUUCUGGUGUUACUCUGUUGUGGUAGUUUAGAUUUAUUCCAAGAUGACAGUGAAUACAAACUUAAAGGACAGAGUCACCAUAGUGGUGCCUUCAGAUUUCAAGAGUCAGACUUUUUAACUUUUGCUAGGAGUCUACAUAAUACUUUGAAAUAUAGGGGGAAAAAACCCUACGAUAUUUUUUAUACUUAUGUGUCGUAUAAUAAUAUAAUCUGUGCACUUAGCUUGCUUGUUAAGGAAGAUUUAAAAGUAGCGACUGAACCCUCUGAGGUCAUCAGGGGUGACUGACUUGCAGUUGAGCUUCAAACCAUGUGUUUUUGAUGGUUGUCUAAGAAUGAUUACUUUUUCUUUUACCCUGAAUGGCAGGACUUUGGAAAAUAAUAAUACAAAUCCAUGUUCUGAUGGUGUAGGUCUGGGCUUUGGGUCUUCACCAACAGUAGCUUCACUUCACUGCGUCAGAAAUUAUUUUAGUCUUGUGUUGUUGCUACUUUCACAUUCAUAGCUGUGAAAAAAAAGACCAUCUCAUGAACUUUACUGUCUUGCUUUUGAAUCUGGGCCCUGUCCUUUAACCAUCCAGUCUUUGUGCCACACUUUGGUGGGUUUGCUUCUGUAGGCAGAGGCAGCUUUCAGCUUUUUGAGGGUUUCACAGCAUCUUCGGGAACUUUUGAACAUGAUGCAGAACUACUAGUUGAAUUGAAUCCCCAUAAAUCAUCUUCAGAUGACACAAAAAACUGAAAUUAUAUUUUAAACUGUGUUUGGAA